GGUACGCAGCGGCCGCUCGGACGGGGAGGGCGCCCGCGGACAGGCUACCUUUUUGAAAAGAUGUUUCUUCAUUUGAACUCCCUUUCUGGAUUCCCAAUUAUUCUCCUGUACCAUUGGCUGGGGACAACUUUAUCUUUGAAUCUUGAAGAUCCAAAUGUGUGUAGCCACUGGGAAAGUUAUUCAGUCACAGUGCAAGAGUCAUAUCCACAUCCUUUUGAUCAAAUUUACUACACCAGUUGUACUGACAUCCUAAACUGGUUUAAGUGCACACGACACAGAAUCAGUUACCGCAUUGCCUACAGACAUGGUGAAAAAACGAUGUACAAGCGUAAAUCCCAGUGCUGCCCUGGAUUUUAUGAAAGCAGAGAAAUGUGUGUCCCUCACUGUGCUGACAAAUGUGUCCAUGGUCGUUGUAUUGCUCCAAACACCUGUCAGUGUGAGCCUGGCUGGGGAGGACCCAACUGCUCCAGUGCUUGUGACAGUGACCACUGGGGACCUCACUGCAGCAGCCGCUGUCAGUGCAAAAACGGAGCCUUGUGCAACCCCAUCACUGGAGCCUGCCACUGUGCGUCCGGUUUCAAAGGCUGGCGCUGCGAGGAGCGCUGUGACCAAGGGACGUAUGGAAAUGACUGCCAUCAGAAAUGUCAGUGCCAGAAUGGAGCCACCUGUGACCAUGUGACUGGAGAGUGCAGGUGUCCUCCUGGAUACACUGGAGCCUUCUGUGAGGAUCUCUGCCCUCCAGGGAAGCACGGGCCGCAGUGCGAGGAAAGAUGCCCCUGCCAGAAUGGAGGCAUCUGCCACCACGUGACCGGGGAGUGUGCAUGCCCACCAGGAUGGAUGGGCAUGGUCUGUGGUCAGCCUUGUCCUGAGGGUCGUUAUGGGAAAAACUGUUCCCAGGAAUGUCAGUGCCACAAUGGAGGGAUCUGCGACUCAGCGACAGGUCAAUGCCAUUGCAGCCCAGGCUACACAGGGGAAAGAUGUCAAGAUGAGUGUCCAGUGGGCACUUAUGGAGUACAGUGUGCUGAGACCUGCCAGUGUAUGAAUGGUGGGAAAUGCUACCAUAUCAGUGGUGCUUGCCUCUGUGAUCCAGGAUAUACUGGAGAGCACUGUGAAACAAGACUUUGCCCUGAGGGAGUUUAUGGCCUCAAAUGUGACAAAAAGUGUCCCUGCCACUUGCAUAAUACCUGGAGCUGUCACCCUAUGUCUGGGGAAUGCUCCUGCAAGCCUGGCUGGUCUGGGCUCUACUGCAAUGAGACAUGUUCUCCAGGGUUCUAUGGCAAGUCUUGUCAGCAGAUCUGCAGCUGCCAAAAUGGUGCUGAUUGUGACAGCGUGACUGGAAAAUGCACCUGUGCCUCUGGAUUUAAGGGUGCUGAUUGUGGUACUCCUUGUCUUCCGGGUACGUACGGAGUAAAUUGUUCUUCUGACUGCAACUGUAAAAACGAAGCCGUAUGUUCGCCAGUAGAUGGUUCUUGUGCUUGCAAAGCAGGUUGGCAUGGUGUAGACUGUUCAGUCAAUUGUCCCAGUGGUACCUGGGGACUUGGCUGUAACUUAACUUGCCAGUGUCUUAACGGAGGGGCUUGCAAUGCUCUGGAUGGAACCUGUUCCUGCGCCCCGGGCUGGAGAGGAGAAAAGUGUGAACUCCCUUGCCAGGAUGGCACAUAUGGCAUGGAUUGUGCUGAACGCUGUGACUGCAGCCAUGCAGAUGGUUGUCAUCCUACCACGGGUUACUGCCGCUGUCUACCAGGAUGGUCAGGUAUACACUGUGACAGUGUGUGCGCUGAGGGACAGUGGGGACCAAAUUGCUCACUGUCUUGUUACUGCAAAAAUGGGGCAUCAUGCUCUCCAGAUGAUGGAAUCUGUGAGUGUGCACCAGGAUACCGAGGCACCACCUGUCAGAGAAUUUGUUCCCCUGGGUUUUAUGGACACCGGUGCAGCCAGACAUGCCCACAGUGUGUACACAGCAGUGGCCCCUGCCACCACAUUACUGGAUUAUGUGACUGUUUACCUGGAUUUACUGGAGCCCUGUGUAAUGAAGUAUGCCCCAGUGGCAGAUUUGGCAAGAACUGCAUUGGAAUAUGCACCUGCACGAAUAAUGGAACAUGCAACCCUAUCGACAGAUCCUGUCAGUGUUAUCCUGGGUGGAUUGGUAGUGACUGCUCUCAGCCUUGCCCACCUUCUCACUGGGGACCAAACUGCAUCCACACAUGCAACUGCCAUAAUGGAGCUUACUGCAGUGCCUACGAUGGAGAGUGCAAAUGCACCCCAGGAUGGACUGGCCUUUACUGUACACAACGAUGUCCCCUUGGAUUUUAUGGGAAGGACUGUGCACUGAUAUGCCAGUGCAAGAACGGAGCCGACUGCGACCACAUCAGUGGGCAGUGCACCUGCCGCACAGGAUUCAUGGGGAAGCACUGUGAGCAGAAAUGCCCUCAAGGUACAUAUGGAUAUGGAUGUCGGCAGAUAUGUGACUGUCUGAACAACUCAACCUGUGACCACAUCACGGGAACGUGUUACUGUAGCCCAGGCUGGAAGGGAGCCAGGUGUGAUCAAGCUGGCGUAAUUAUAGUAGGAAACCUGAACAGUUUAAGCCGUACCAGUACUGCCAUCCCUGCUGACUCCUACCAGAUAGGGGCUAUAGCAGGCAUCAUCAUUCUUGUCCUGAUUGUGCUGUUCCUGCUAGUGCUGUUCAUCAUUUACAGACAUAAGCAAAAAGGGAAAGAAACAAAUAUGCCUGCAGUGACCUAUACUCCGGCAAUGAGGGUCAUCAAUGCAGAUUACACCAUUUCAGAAACCAUCCCUCAUAGUAAUGGUGGAAAUGCUAACAGUCACUAUUUCUCUAACCCCAGUUAUCACACCCUAACACAGUGCACUACACCACCUCACGUCAACAACAUGGACAGACUGACACUGGCAAAGGCAAAAAACAAUCAGCUAUUUGUGAACCUUAAAAAUAUGGAACCUGGAAAGCGAGGCACCAUCAUGGAUUACACUGGAACACUGCCUGCUGAUUGGAAACACGGUGGCUACCUCAAUGAGCUUGGAGCUUUUGGACUUGAUAGGGGAUAUUUGGGAAAAUCUCUGAAAGAUCUAGUUAAGAAUUCGGAAUACAAUUUAAGUAAUUGCUCCUUAAGCAGCUCUGAAAACCCAUAUGCCACUAUAAAAGACCCACCGGCUCUUGUACCAAAAAGUUCAGAAUGUGGAUAUGUUGAAAUGAAGUCACCAGCACGCAGGGACUCCCCGUAUGCUGAGAUCGCCAGCUCUGCUUCAGCCAAUAAGAACGUUUAUGAAGUUGAACCAACAGUGAGUGUUGUCCAAGGAGCAUUCAGCAGCAAUGGACGUUUCAGCCAGGAUCCUUAUGACCUUCCAAAAAACAGCCACAUUCCGUGUCACUAUGACUUGCUACCAGUUCGAGAUGGCCCCACAUCCUCUACAAAGGAGGUUGGCAGUGAAUGACUCCAAAAGCUGAAGUGUAGCACAGGGGAUUCUCAAUGGGACAAGUGGCAUAGUUGUGCUCCUUCCUUAGUUUACAGUCAUAUUUGGUUCCUAAUCUGUCCAGCAGAAAAUUGCCGUACAUCAAAAAGGAAUCUCAACAUGAGGUUUAUAUUGUGUAUAGAAGUGACACAUGGACGAAUGCCACACUUGGGAGACCCUGAUUGUUCUUUUUUUUUGGUGGCAGUUACUUUUAUAGAAACAAGUAUGCAACACAUCUAUACUGUAAUAUACAGGCGUAAAAAUCUUAGUUUGUAGAUCAGUUUUGAUAACAGAUCCCACUUCAGCUACUUUAAAUAUAGACUUCAUAUUUGACAUGUUUCAAAUACUCCCAGGACAAUGUAAUUUACCAAAUGCCAUUUCAUACAGGUUAUGAGUUAUGUGGAACAAAAACCGUCCUGCCAAAUUUUACCUUUCAUUCUGCUCUUUAGUCAAGACAUACGUACUAAGAAAUGAGAUCAGAUAAAGUAAGCACAACACUGCAGUUAUUUGGGAAGUCCAUCAUCAGACUCUUUUGUCCCUUACUGUUGGUGGAAAUACUUUAUUUGAAUAGCUUUCAAGAUGGUAACAGCAUUGCAUACGUCAAAAUUAUAUGAUGCCUCAAGAUCACUGGGUACUCCAGACCCAGCACCAGUCCUCAAAAAAUAUUUGCUACACUUCAACUCCACAUGUUACUGUUCUGACCACUAUUUCUACCAAACACAAUUAAUAAUCCAUAACAUAUCAGUAAUUAUUUCAUAAAAUAUGUAAAUUAAAUCAGUUUAUUUUUGUCAGUGGACUGAGUGUGUAAGGAGUGGAAAAAGGUGAUGAUUUACGUAAACCGGAACUCUCAAGGAACGGUUUACAUUUUAUAAACAGGUAGUAAUAAUUACUGUAAUAUAGUAGGGUAAAAGCAGUAAAAUGUUGUGAUUUUUUUUCUUAGAAAUAACUAAGCAAUCUCUGUGCAUACUUGCUAAAAGGCACCUUUUUUAUAGUUGAUGUAUGGAAAAACAUGCUUAAGCUGGUCUUUUGCAUCGCUAAUAACGUGACACGUACCCUUAUUCUUCAUUAACUUCUGCCUCUAUUUUUAAGCUGUAUGUCUGUGUUUCUAGUGAUCUAGCUUGUAAUUCUGAAAGUAUUCUAUUGUGUGUCCAUUUUUUUUUCUCUUGCAUUUUUGCCAAGUGGCCUUUAUUUUGUCUGGUUAAAGAAUCCUCUGGGCAGAGGAAGAGCAUUAAAGUAAGGAUAAUGUCAUACUGAUAAUCCAGGAGGCGGUUAGCGAUUACUUAAUAGAUUAUGAAUUGAAUUUAAUUGGAAAAAUAAAAUAUCAAGGUGUUUUUGUUGGGGAUAAUUGUAAGAAUGCACAAAAAAGUGAAAAAUCAGACUCUCUCUUCGAAGUUUAGAUUAUUCUGUUGACUGUGUGGAGACCAACUUUCCAGAAGGCUCCUUUCUCUAUGAUCUACAUAAUUCAUCAGAUUUGCCCGUGUAUCUAUCCACUGAAAGAAAAGCGUUCCCUUAGCGUUUUCAGGCAGUUUAAAAAUAAAAUGGUUGAUAUGGACUAGACAUUCUCUUUCAUGGAAAGAUACCUUCAGAAACCAAAAAAUCAUAUUCUCAGCUAUAGCAGUAUUAUUUCUAGCUGCUAGUAUUUUCUAGCUUGCAGUGAUGCCAUCAGAUAAUGUGCUGGUCAUGCUGAUGGCUCACCCCUGCAGUCUCCUCCACCCCCCCUCAGUUCUAGCUGUGUAGCUUGUUGUAAGAAGUUUUCUCCAUGGAUUGAUGCUUCCCUUGGGAAAGGAUGUAGGUGGUUGCAUCGUAUGACAUACAAUGGGAAGCAUAAUGUCAUUCUAGUCUUCUUUCUGCAUUGGGGCCACAUUCUGGCACGUGAGACCUGUGAUGUGAACAGGAGUUGAGACAUUAAGAGUGUCAAUGCAAAAGAAAGUCAGGUGGAUGAAAAAAAUGAAACAAAACCAACUUUUGGAAAUAUUUUUUAAAAAGAAUCCCAGAUUUUAAAUGGAAACACCAUUUAUUCUUUUACCUCACCAGUUCUUUUAUUUGUUGUCACCAAAGUGUUGAUAACUGAAAACUGCAUUCAAGAUGUUGUUAUAAGUGUUUUCCAGCCUGAUAAAGUAUAUGCCUGUUUGCAGUGCCCUCUAAUAUUCCUGCUUCUUACUGACUCUAAGCGCUGUUUUUCAGUUCCUUGCACACUGUUGGUCUUUGCCAGCACAAAGAUUAAAUGCAAGGUUUCAAAAGCCAGUCACCGUUUAAUCCCUCCAUAUUGACUGGAUUUGUGUGCAUACAGGUACAUGUGGCACUAGUGGUACAUACGUGUGUUUGUACUGUGGGAAACAUUUUAAAAUAGAACCUCUCUUUGAAGCCAUGAUUAGAAAAUGCUGUAUUUGGCAACUGUGAGCUCACAAAAAUUAAUUUUCUUACUCUGUGUAAAAUUUGGAGACCCUCAGAUAAAUUCCCAUCAUAUGAAGUUAUUUUUUUUUGUAUGCAAUAGUGAAUAGCUCAAUAAAUGAUUUUUAAUAUGCUUGAAAAUUUUCAGUAUGUCACAUAUCCUCAAGUGAUAUAUCGAGCCAAACAUUCAUGAGAUGAAUUUCUGAUAAUAGUGCCAUUGGUGUAUGUUCCAAAUAUACACAUAAUCAAAAACAGCUUUCUGUGUGUGGGUAUGGCAUCAGCUUAAGCUGACUGAGCUGUGUUUGCAGUGACUCUAGAUCAAGUAAAUGACUUGUGAAUUUACUUAAUCAGAUGAUCCUCGGUAGAUGCAGAAAAAAGGAUAACCUGCAAGGGUAAUCUAGUAAAUUGCUAUCUAUUUAGCAUUCAUUUGAAAGGAAAAAAAAAACCAACAAAACACAUGGAACUUAUGUUAGCAGUCCUAUCUCCUCUACAAGUGUUAGGGAGGCUUGCCCCAGAGUGCAUGCUGCUGUCAUUGUGAAUGCGAUUAAAAACUCAGUCCUCCUGAUUGCCAUGGUCCCUUUUGCUGAUUCAUCUGUGCUCUUUAAAGAGCCUAAAUACAUUUGAACACCUACACUAUAUUCUGGUGGGAACUUACUGAGAAAGUUGAUAUAAUAAUUUUACAAAUACUGACUACAGAGAGAAUUGGCUUCACCACAGAUAGGAGUGGAAAGAGAUGCAUUAUCUCUAGAUGUUCACAUUGUAAGAGUGAAAACUAUAGCACUGAAAAUGGAGGUAGCUGACCUCUACUAAUAUGGUUGUUGAAUGAAGUGCAAAAUUCUGCACAAGGGUAAUAGCUGAUUUUAGAAGUGUGUAGUGAGUAUAAACAUUAGGUUUUAAAUAGUAUAGGUGUGUUAAUUCUAGUCACUUAGAAACAUAAUGAACCUCAAUGGCUUUUCACUUUAUCAAAGAUUUUUAGUCACAGCACACUGUUACACAGAAAUGUUGUCGUCAUCUUUUUCUACCCAGACAAUUCUCAUUAGUUUUAAUUGGAAAUGCAUAUGCAGAUUACAGAGGAACAAAGAUUUUGUUGUACUUUCUGCUGAGACAAUCUGCAAAAUCAAGUUAAUGUUGAAAUUAAAUAAAAAAUUAGAAAUGGGGAUGUAUUAUUUAAAAUACGUUGAAUUUUCAAAGUACUGUGAAUACAACUGGAUAUUCUAAUUAGGUACUUCAAAUUUUAAAAUUCUUACACUGAAGCUCUAAAAUCCAGACUGAAGAAUACAGAGCUAAUUUUGACAAAAAUGCUUUAUAUUAAAGAUUAUACAUAUGUAGUAGUUUAAAUGACUGAAAAUAAAUGUGUGCAUGUUUAUUAAUUGCCGUAUAUAAAAUCUUUCCACUUUUGGUACACUUAAACUAGUGCUAGAGCACUGAACCUAACUCUUCUAUUUUCAGUUUUUUAGCCCGCAGGACUUCACUUUGAGAAGACUGAAUUGUAAUAUAUUCUUAAAGAAUACCUAUUGAGUAUGUCUGGCUUCUUUUUCUUAGCUGUAACAAAAAAAGUGUUUUGUUGUUAAAAUAUAUCUAUUUUCCAAAGAUGACUGAUGUUCAUCAUUUUGUC